CUUGGCAGAGCUGCUUCUCUAUUUCUCUCUGCUCUCUCUCUCUAUUUCGCUGACAAAAACACACGCAGGUAGGAGGGCUCACCCCCUCAAACUCUCCCUGCCUGCACCAUGCUGCCCUGGAAAAGAAGUAAGUUUGUUCUGGUGCAGGAUGAGGCCAAGACCAAGCCUAAGGGACUGAUAGCUGGGCUGACCUACCAGUCCAUCCUCUCCUCCCUGAUGCGCUCCUGUCCCGACCUGCUCCCCGACUCGACCACUUUUGACUGGCUGGGCUCCAUCUUCCAGACCAAGAGGCAGAAGGUGGAACUCAACAAGGAGGAGCCCACCUACACCGUACGUUACCUGGGGAGCAUUGUCACCAUCACGGCUAAAGGAGGAGGCUGUACACAGGACCCAGUGGCUAAGAUCUGGCAAAGGAGUAACUACGGAGAGCAUAGCGUCAAGAUGAGAUUAACCGUGGGAGCUCAGGGCAUCCAGAUGGGCACCGACAAGACGGGCAAGAAGAAACCCACCCACCUCUACUCUCUGAACCGGAUCACCUACUGCACAGCUGACCCCUGCCGACCCAAGAUCCUAGCCUGGAUCUACAGACAUCAAGUCAAGAACAAGGCUGUGGUUCUCCGGUGCCAUGCCGUUCUAGUCAGCAAGUCGGAGAAGGCCAGGGCCAUCGCACAUAGUCUUUACCAGACGUCCACCUCAGCCUUCAGUGAGUUCAAGCGGCUGAAGAAGCAGAGUGAUUUCAGGCACUGCCAACAGCAGCUGCUGGGGGAGGACAUGGUGCCGUUGAUGCCCCUGAGGAGGCUGCUCAAUGGGCAGUGCCACUACCGGCCACCUGCCGACAGCCCUGGAGGCCCCAGUACCACUGGUCUCUGCUCCAUCGCAGAGGAGGAAGAAGAGGAGGAGGAGGAGGAAGAGGAGGAAGAGGUGGAGGAUGAAAGGGAGGUGGAGGAAGAGGGGUACGAGGCGGAUGAGGAAACUCUAUCGGACACUGACCUAACUCAUUCAUAUGGGUCAUGUGAGAUGAACCUAGGGGACAUAUUUGACGGACAGGACGAGUGUUAUAUCAACAUCAACAUAAACAUCAGCGACAGCAACAACAACACACUGACAUUUGUCAGCUCUCUAGUGUGAUAGGACAGAACAUGGACAUGGAUAUCAUAUCACAUCAUCACAGAGCCACAUUCCUUCUCUUCUCCUUCACUGCCUGGUCCCUUUCUAUCCCAGGUUAUAUCCUGCUUUAUCACAGUGUGAAGAGGAUACAUUCUGUCUGUCAGGAAAGUUCUUCCCCACUGCUCUUUUGGGUCAAGGAAGAAAGAAAAUGUAUGUUUGGGAAAGGAUUUAUUUUUCCAGGUGGCUCAGACAGACAUUGGCUUGACAAUUUCAGUUGACUAUAGCAAUUUUGUGGGAGUGUUUACAAAGAGGGCUGCGAGAAAGUGAUAAUAGCACAAUGUAAAGGGAAUAAUCUAAGAGACUAUUGAGAGAACUAGCACUGACUGAGCUCCUCAUAAUAUUGCCAUCCCAGGUGUACACAGCACCCUAAACCCAAGGUGUGUUUACUUCUGUUUUCCUUGAUAUUUUGUAAGUACAGUAACAUUAAUGUUUGUUGCCAUGAUGUUCGAUUAGCUUGUACUUUUUUCAGAGGUUAUUUGUAUGAAAAAUAUGUAUACUUUCUACUAAGACAAUCUGUAUUAUGUAAUUUUCCACACUUGACCUUUCUGAGUGCAUGUAACCCUGAGGAGAAGUUUAAUAAAAUGUUACUACAGUAUGUAUAACUCUGCAGAUUUAUGAAUUAGGCUAUAAUUUAGGAAUCAAGCCAUUGAGUUGACAUAUUUAUUGCUGACAUUUGUUAAAGCCUUGUGUAUCAUUUAUGCAUGACAAGUCAGCAGUGAUGUUUCACGCUUACUCUUUUGUCUUUCUUAAUGGGACACAUUUGAUCUCAAAGUUGUUAUGCUAUACAGUAUCUCCACACUGUAAUGCAUUUCUGACCAAGGAGAGAAUGAAGAAAUAUGUCUAGUUUUUGUACAUUUGUUUUUCAUAUGAACAAAACAGAGCUACAUUCCCCUGAAGGUGUACUAGAUUUCUAUCAGCAGGAUUAAGGCUGUAUGUUUGCUUGACUGCCAAAAUGGCAGAGAUACUGAGGACAGAAAGGUCCAUCUGUUCUUUACCGAUGGAUGGACCAGACUGCUAAAUAUUUUGGCUAUUCUUUUAUCAAAUUUCAUAAAGAUAAAACCUUUACUAUUUAACAAAACCAUUGUGAUCGGGGACUACAUGGGAUCUACAUGAGAUUAAGUGAUUUUCAAAAUGUGUUGAAUAAAAUACCCUCACUUUUACCUAGUAAGAUAAGUGAUUUUCAAAAUGUGUUGAAUAAAAUACCCUCACUUUUA